AUGCCACAGAAGAGGAAGCGCCACCUGCCCCUCGCGACCGCUGCUCCGUCGCCCGAGGAGGCUCUGCACGCUCCCUCGGCCGUCAAUCCCGCGGCACCCCCGAGCGACGUCCCGGAUGGCAUCCCUGUUGCCGAUGAUCCGGUUCACAACCCUCUCCUAUGUGCGUACAGUAUACCCUCCUAA